CGCCGGCCCUUCCUGGUGGCCUGGAACGUGCCCACGCAGGACUGCAAGCCCCGCUUCCAGGUGUCUUUCGAUUUCAGCAUCUUCGACCUGCAGGCAUCCCCCAACGAGGGCUUUGUGGGGCAGAACCUCACCAUCUUCUACAAGGAGCGCCUGGGGCUCUACCCGUACUACACGGGCCAGCGCGUGGCCGUCAACGGCAAGUACAUCCGCUCGCCCACCAAGGAGGGCUUGGCUGUCAUCGACUGGGAGGAGGGGCGGGCCCCUCCCAACUGGAAGCCCAAGGACAUCUACCGGGAGGUGUCCCAGCAGCUGGUGUACCAGCGGCACCUCCCGCGAGGUCCAGUGAGGUCCCGCGAGGAGAUGAACAAGCAGGCGGUGUUCGAGUUCGAGUCGGCAGCCCGGCAGUUCAUGGUGAGCACCCUGCGCAUGGCCAAGAGCUUCCGCCCCAAGCAGCUCUGGGGGUACUACCUCUUCCCCGACUGCUACAACCAUGACUACAGCAAGAACAAGGAGAGCUACACUGGGCAGUGCCCGGAUGUGGAGAAGACACGGAACGACCAGCUGGCAUGGCUCUGGAAGGAGAGCAUGGCUCUCUACCCCUCCAUCUACCUCGACCUGCUCCUGGCAUCCACUGCCAACAGCCGCAAGUUUGUGCGGGCACGGGUGAUGGAGGCCAUGCGCAUCUCGCAGCAGCACCAUGACGGCUACUCCCUGCCCGUCUUCGUCUACACUCGUCCGACCUAUGUCCGCAAGCUGGAUGUGCUCAGCCAGCUCGACCUGAUCUCCACCAUCGGAGAGAGUGCAGCGCUGGGUGCAGCCGGGGCCAUUUUUUGGGGCGACACAGAUGACACUGGAAGCCGGGAAUCGUGCCAGAUCAUCAAGAACUACCUGGAGGAGGACCUAGGCCGCUACAUCGUGAAUGUCACGACGGCGGCACAGCUCUGCAGCUCGACGUUGUGCCAGGGCCGGGGCCGCUGCGUGCGCCAGGACAGCACUGCCGAUGUCUUCCUCCACCUCAACUCCACCAGCUUCCAGCUGCGGCGCCGGGACCAGGACAACCCCCAGCGGCCCCUCUUCUGGGCCGAGGGACAGCUGUCCUCGGCUGACACCCUCUUCCUACGGACUCAC